AUGUAUCAGAUCACCUCCACACAUGUCAUCCUCCUGACACGAACUCCGAUCGACACAACACUGAGGUCCGGCAUCCUGAAGCACCCUGCCAGCAUUACGAAAAUUACGCAAAUUGUUGUCGCUGUGGAAGUUACAGGCCCAACCCGCCCCUCCAUCCAGACCAAGGCCCACCGCCGCCCUCCUCCCCGUCCAGGCCCAACCCCAUCCCUCACCCCCCCCAUCCCGAUCAGCCCCAACCCGCCCCUCCUCCCCGACCAGGCCCAACCCCGUCCCUCAUCCCCCGACCAGGCUCAUCCCCGCCCUCCCCAACGACCAGGCUCCCCCGGACCACCUCCCCGAUCAGUGACCCCUGGCCCCCAAUAA